AUGGUCAAAUAUUCAAACUUGAUGAGUGCAGACUUGCUUCAAGAGAAGCUGGGUGAUUAUCUUAUCCGGUCUCGUCAGUUUGGCAAAGAUGUACAGAGCCUUCAAGCGCAAACCAAGGGUGUGAUUGAUAAUCUGAUCACGUACAACACCUUUACCUUACGAAAACUGACAGAUGCCGAAUCACGAAAGUCAAGUAGACAGGAAUUGCGUGUGGUGUAUGAAAGCGCCAUGGCUCUCGUGGGUAAAUAUUUCCAAAGUGAUCUGAUGAAUAAGUGA